AGAGAGAGAUUUAAAAGGAGCGGGUGGACUGUGAGAGAAGAGUAGUCGUGGACGUCCGAAUACAACGGCCUUUUUUAAAAUUUUUUGUUUUCUUUUUUGGAGGGGUUGUGGUGGUGUUGUUCUUUUUGUUACGUGCACACAUACAAAUUUUUUUUUUUUUUUUUUUCCUUUCUUUCUCUGUCUCUUUCUUUUUUCUCUCUGGAAAAACUUUCAGGCAUUUUCUGAUUAAACACAGAGAGAAAGAAAGAAAGAUUCACAGAAAACAUCAACAACAUUUUACCAUACAAAAAAGGGAGGAAUUUAUUGUUCCUCCCUUUUUAACAGUUCAUGCCGGAAUAUCUCCAAUCCUUUGGUCAUCAGGCAGUAAACUCUGUUAAUUUCCUGUUCGAAGUCAAUACUUCCAAAUGUCGGGUUUUCGAUAAUUAUCCUUGCAGUAUAAGUUUUGAGGCUGUCUUCUGGUUUUUAUGCCCAAAUUAAGGAGAGUAUGGUCAGGUAAUCUCAUCAGUGUGAUACCGGCAUGAUCUUCAUGUUUUGAACUUGGUUCUUUCUUCUCUGGAUUGCUUCAAUACUGAAGUGGGGAUUUUUGUGAUAUAAUUGUCACCAUGGGUAGCUGCGUCUCGAAACCAGAUAGAAGAAUCAAAGCAGUUCGAAGUCCCUAUCGUCGACCUGGUAAACGACGGGGCGCUACAACCUCUUGCCGGAAAUCUGUUUCUAACAUGAAGUUUCACUUGACUCAGCUUCAAUGGAACCACAGCCAAAUUGAUGGAAAUUGCAUAGGCCAAGAAGAAGCAUAUUUUGACUCAGUUAGUAUCAUUGAAUCUGAUUCAGAUGAUGAUUUCAGUAGUGUUCAUGGAGAUUGUUUCCCUUUAGUAGGCAAUGCAAUUGGGAAUAUCCCAAAUACUCAAGUUGUCCAAUAUGAAAGCACAUCAUGUUAUGUAGAUACCGGAUGUAAGUACGAAGAGUUUUAUGAAAGUUACCUCAAAAUAGAUGGACAUCAUCCUGCAGACAAAGCUCAAGAAAACAACCUCAAAUCUUGCUUCAGUUUCAAUGACAAGAAUCAGACAUCAGCAAGUCCCCAAAAGAAGCAAUCCACUGUCAUAAUGCUCUCUUACAAGAGGAAAUCCAUUGAUGGAAAUGAAAAGACUGACUUCUGUAAGGGUACCUCCGAGAAGUUGUUAUAUCGUCCGAGAGCAGGACUUCGAAUUCCAUGUUUGACAGAGAAGCCAACACCAGGAUCCUGGUGUGAGAUUUCGCCUUCAGUUUUUAAACUCCGCGGAGAGAACUAUUUCAGAGAUAGAGUGAAAACCCCUGCUCCAGAUUACAGUCCAUAUGUACCUUUUGGUGUUGAUUUGUUUUUCUGCCCAAGAAAAAUAGACCACAUCGCUCAGCACCUUGAUCUUCCUUCAGUGAAACCACAUGAUAAAGUACCUUCACUCCUGAUUGUUAAUAUACAGCUUCCUACUUAUCCUGUUGCCAUGUUACAAGGUGACUACAAUGGGGAAGGCAUGAGCCUUGUUCUAUAUUUUAAAGUUAACGAAAACUUCGACAAAGAAACCUCGACCCAUUUCCAAGAAAGCAUCAAGAAAUUCUUGGACGAUAAGACGGAAAAGGUUAAAGGUUAUACAAGGGAGACUGUAGUUCCUUAUAGGGAAAGGCUAAAAAUUAUGGCUGGAGUGGUUAAUCCAGAUGACCUCCAAUUGAGUUCCACUGAAAGAAAGCUCAUACAUGCUUACAAUGACAAACCAGUGCUUUCACGACCACAACAUGAUUUCUUCAAGGGACCAAAUUACUUUGAGAUUGACCUUGAUAUACAUCGGUUUAGCUAUAUAUCAAGGAAAGGACUUGAAUCAUUCAGAGACCGUUUGAAAUAUGGGAUACUUGAUCUGGGUUUAACUAUCCAGGCACAAAAACCAGAGGAAUUGCCAGAACAAGUCUUAUGCUGUUUGCGGUUGCAUAAGAUUGAUUUUGUAAAUUAUGGCCAAAUACCAACACUUGUGACCCUUGAUGAUAAUAAUUGAUUCAGUUUGGCAAAUUGAGGGUAACAAAAGUUGAAAUUCAAAUUUAUAAAUUCCGGCAAAGAAGAAGAAGAAUAAGAAGAAUCAAGAGCCAUAUAAUCUGUAAAUGGUUAUACCUACACCUGCACCUAUUUAAAUGACCCUGAAAAAAGAACAGAAAAGAAGAUUCUGUUUGUUUGUUUUUUCUUUCUUUCUUUCCUUCCUUUUCCAAAAUCCAAAAAUUUGUUGUUAUCUAUUUCUAUAUAAUAAUGGCAUCAGCUAUGUAUUUCUUUUUUUUAGCCUU